UCCGUACAACCAAGUACGAUGAAUGCGUGGUAUGACGCUGCGCUGCCCGACGACGCUCGUGCGAUGGCGCACCUGUCGGCCUUCCUCGCCACCACACCCGACUUUGGCCUCAGCUCGUCGCUCACCACUCUAUCGUCAAGUCCGAGCUCCGACGACGACAGCGCCAUCCAGGCCAAGAAACAAGCACGGCCCAAGCACGAGAUUGAGAUCCUCCACGCCAAACACAAUGAGCUGCAGCGCCAGUUGCAGCUCCUACAACUGUUACGCGCGCCGCCGAAGCCGGUCACUCCAUGGCAAGCCCGUGCGAUGCGUCAGGCUGAGGCCGCCCAACGAACGCUGCAAGAAAACAGUCGCCUCAAGCGUCUUGUCAGCGACCAGCGCAAGGUCCUCUCUGCACUCGAGCGCAGCUUGCGAAAGUGCCCGCGCCUCGAAUCCCCUAGCCCUAGUUACGCGGAAGACACGACACUGUUCCAGCAUCUUUUGCAACAACAAUUCGACAAGAUGGAGUCCGAGUGGAUUCAACGUCGACUCUACGACGCGAGUGCGCCACUGCGGCACACGACACUCGAGCGCAGCCCCGAGGACGGGGCGAUUGCCAGCUUUCGUUUUGUCGCCAAGAUGAGCGCGCCGCUCGACUACAAAUCGAUGGCCCAAGUGUUUUGGACGCACAAGACAGGGUUGCUCGGGCCGUCAUGUUCGGUACACCGCACGAUUGACCACAAUAUUGUCUAUAUGCGAGAGCUUGCGCGCUACGCCGACCUUGGAGUCCCCGUCAUGGAGACGCACGAUUGCUUUGGUCGCUUCCUUGAGCCAGGUCGAGUGGUGAUGGUGUGGCGAAGCUUGGGGCAAGGCGAGACGAUCACACCCCAUGGCGCUGACCAUCUCGUGGGCCACCGAUGGGGCUGGUACGAUGCUAUCUUUGAGCUUGAGCGACGUGUGAUGAUAGGCUCGUGA